AUGUACGGGUGUGAAGCUUGGACUCUGACUCAGAAAGAAGAGAGCAAGCUCUUAGUUGCGGAGAGGAAAUUCUGGCGGAAGAUUCUGGGACCUAUCAGAGAUGAAGAUGGAACUUGGAGGCGUAGGAAGAAUAGGGAGCUAGAGGAGCUGGUUGCAAUGCCCAAUUUAAUUGGCGAGAUCAAAGCCACACGACUCCGCUGGCUCGGUCACCUAGAGAGGAUGGGAGAGGAUCGUGCUGUGAGAAGAGCGUAUGUGGGGCACCCGGAUGGAAAACGUCCGUCUGGGCGUCUCAGAUAUCGCUGGAGUGACGAAGUCCUAAAAGACCUGUUCGCCCUCGGAAUACCCAACUGGCGCAAAGUGGCGCAGGAUAGGGCAGAGUGGCGCUCUCUUGUGUCAGAGGCCAAGAUCCUAUUUGGGUCACUGAGCCAGUAA